GGACAAAGAUUUAGACACAAGUCAUAUUUUAAAACACACAUGAGAAUUCACACAGGACAGAAACCAUUUCCUUGUGACGUGUGUGAACAAAGAUUUAGCCUUAAGUCAUCUUUAAAAACACACAUGAGAGUUCACACAGGAGACAAACCAUUUCCUUGUGAUGUUUGUGGACAAAGAUUUAGACACAAAUCAAAUUUAAACAAACACAUGAGAGUUCACACAGGAGACAAACCAUUUUCUUGUGAAGUGUGUGAACAAAGAUUUAGCCUUAAGUCAUCUUUAAAAACACACAUGAGAGUUCACACAGGAGACAAACCAUUUCCUUGUGAACUUUGUGGACAAAGAUUUAGACACAAAUCAAAUUUAAACAAACACAUGAGAGUUCACACAGGAGACAAACCAUUUUCUUGUGAAGUGUGUGAACAAAGAUUUAGCCUUAAGUCAUCUUUAAAAACACACAUGAGAGUUCACACGGGACAGAAACCAUGUCCUUGUGAUCUUUGUGGACAAAGAUUUAGACAUAAAUCAUAUUUAAACAUACACAUGAGAAUUCACACAGGGGACAAACAAUUUCCUUGUGAUUUUUGUGUGCAGAGAUUUAGACAUAGGUCAAAUUUAAACACUCACAUAAGAGUUCACACAGGAGACAAACCAUUUCCUUGUGAACUUUGUGCACAAAGAUUUAGACAUAAAUCAAAUUUAAGCAAACACAUGAGAGUCCACACAGGAGAAAAACCAUUUCCUUGUGAUGUUUGUGGACAAAGA